GUUGAGGGACACAUUGAUCCCCAGUCCAACACAAGAUGGCUUUUGUCGCUGCUCUCGCUUUGGCUCUCCUCGUCCAGGCCGCUGUUGCCGCCCCCAGCUGCGGCUGCGGACCCUACCCCGCUGCCUACGCCGCCGCCCCCGCCGUCUAUGACGCCCCCGCCGUCUACGACGCCCCCGCUCUGGUUGGAGCUUACCCCGCUGGACUCGACUGCGGAUGCGCUGGUGCUGGCUACUACGGUAACUACGCCCCCGACGCUGCCCUCUACGCUGGAGCCACCUACCCCACCUACGCUGGUUACGCCGGUGCCUACCCCGCCCCCGCCCUCGCCGGUGCCUACGGUGCUGACUACGUCGCCCCCGCCGUCGCUGCCCCCGCCGUCCCCGUGAACGCCCCCACCGUUGUCGGUACCUCUGCUGGUCCCUCCACCGCCUACACCACCGGCCCCGUCUGCCAGACUUCCACCUUCGCCACCCCCGUCAAGUCCUCCACCAGCGCCGUCUCCGGUCCCGUCUCUCAGUCUACCUCCAUUGUCGAGGGCUACUGUAGCACUGCCUGCGCCGCUACCCGCGCCAAGUGCGGUGGUACCACCAAGAACGUCUCCUUCAAGACCCCCAAGAUCAUCAACAAGGGAUCCAGCACCAAGUCUGUUGUCACUAUUGCCGGUAAGACCAUCACCCUCCGUGACACCAAGGCUGGUCAGCCCAUCGUCAGCUCCCAGACCGUCCCCGCUCCCGCUUCCUACGCCGCCGCCCCCGCUGUGUCCUACGCCGCCGCCCCCGCUGUGUCCUACGCCGCUGCCCCCGCUCUGUCCUACGCCGCCGCCCCCGCCUACGCUCCUUCCGCUAUCUACGGCGCUGCCCCCGCUUACUACGGUGCCGCUGCCUACGACGGUGUCUACGGUGACUACACUGGUGCCUACGCUCCUGGCUGCGGUGCCUACGGUGGUUACGUCGCUGACGCUUCCGUCUACCCCGCCUACCCCGCCACCCCCGUCAUCGGUGGUGCCUGCGGUUGCGCUUGCUAAGUGCUGAAGAAUCAAAGUGCAAUGUCAAAAAAAUCACAAUUUUGUACAACUCCAAGAGUCAUCUUGAAAGAAGUCAAAGAUUUCAGAAAUAAAAUGCCAAAUUUUACUGCCAGAAA